CUGAGAAUGUCGGAGUCCUCGGAGGCCACCUUUGGAGGCAGGAGAGCCAUUCCCCCCAACACCUCCAACGCAUCAGAGAAUGAUCCCCCCACCAUGGAGCUUCAGGGCCUGGUGCCCCGGGGCUUCAAUCUGCAAGACUACCUUAAUGUUACGGAUGUUCACCUGUUCAAGGAGAGAUGGGACAGCAACAAAGUGGAUCACCACACUGACAAAUACAACAACAACAAGCUGAUUGUACGUAGAGGACAGUCUUUCUACAUCCAGAUCGACUUCAAUCGUCCCUAUAAUCCUAGAAGGGACCUCUUCAGGGUGGAAUAUGUCAUUGGUCGCUACCCUCAGGAGAACAAGGGAACCUACAUCCCCGUCCCUGUGGUCUCCGAGCUGCAGGGUGGCAAGUGGGGAGCCAAAGUUAUCACGAGAGAGGACAGGUCUGUCCGGCUGUCCGUCCAGUCUUCUCCAGACUGCAUUGUGGGGAAGUUCCGCAUGUAUGUUGCUGUCUGGACCCCCUAUGGUAUAAUCCGCACCAGCCGAAACCCAGAAACAGACACGUACAUUCUCUUCAAUCCUUGGUGUGAAGAGGAUGCUGUAUACCUGGAUAAUGAAAAAGAAAGAGAAGAAUAUGUCCUGAAUGACAUCGGGGUUAUUUUUUAUGGAGACUUCAAUGACAUCAAGAGUAGAAGCUGGAGCUAUGGUCAGUUUGAGGAUGGCAUCCUCGAUGCUUGCCUGUAUGUGAUGGACAGAGCAAAGAUGGACCUUUCUGGAAGAGGGAAUCCCAUCAAAGUCAGCCGUGUUGGAUCUGCCAUGAUUAACGCCAAGGAUGAUGAAGGCGUCGUCGCUGGAUCCUGGGACAAUGUCUAUGCUUAUGGCAUCCCCCCAUCAGCCUGGACUGGAAGUGUUGACAUCCUGUUGGAAUACAGGAGCUCUGAGAAUCCAGUCCGCUAUGGUCAGUGCUGGGUUUUUGCUGGUGUCUUUAACACAUUUUUGCGAUGCCUCGGGAUACCAGCGAGAGUCGUUACCAACUAUUUCUCAGCCCAUGAUAACAAUGCCAAUUUGCAGUUGGACAUCUUCCUGGAAGAAGAUGGGAAUGUGAACUCCAAACUCACCAAGGAUUCAGUGUGGAACUACCACUGCUGGAACGAAGCCUGGAUGACGAGGCCUGAUCUUCCCGUUGGGUUUGGAGGUUGGCAAGUCGUGGACAGCACCCCACAGGAAAACAGCGACGGGAUGUAUCGGUGUGGCCCGGCCUCUGUUCAAGCCAUUAAGCAUGGCAAUGUUUGCUUCCAGUUUGACGCACCCUUCGUUUUUGCAGAGGUCAACAGUGAUCUUGUUUACAUUACAGCUAAGAAAGAUGGCACUCAUGUGGUUGAAACCCUUGACACCACCCACAUUGGGAAAUUAAUCGUGACCAAGCAAGUUGGAGGAGACGGCGUGAAGGACAUUACUGAUGCCUACAAGUUCCAAGAAGGUCGAGAAGAAGAGAGGUUGGCCCUAGAAACUGCCCUGAUGUAUGGGGCUAAAAAGCCCCUCAACACAGAGGGCAUCGUCAAAUCGAGGUCUGACGUCCACAUGAAUUUUGAAGUGGAGAAUGCCGUGCUGGGAAGAGACUUCAAGGUCACCAUCACCUUCCGAAACAAUGGCCCCGCCCGCUACACCAUCUCAGCCUAUCUCUCAGGCAACAUCACUUUCUACACCGGGGUCGCCAAGGCAGAAUUCAAGAACGAGACGUUUGAGGUGACACUGGAGCCCUUGUCCUUCAAGAAAGAGGAGGUGCUGAUCCAAGCGGGCGAAUACAUGGGCCAGCUGCUGGAGCAGGCGUUCCUACACUUCUUUGUCACGGCCCGUGUCAAUGAGACCAAGGAUGUUCUGGCUAAGCAGAAGUCCAUUGUGCUGACCGUCCCCAAGGUCAUCAUCAAGGUCCAUGGCGCUCAGGUAGUAGGUUCUGACAUGCUUGUGAUCGUUGAGUUCACCAAUCCUUUAAAAGAAACUCUGAAAAAUAUUUGGAUUUACCUGGAUGGCCCUGGAGUGACGAAACCCAAAAGGAAGAUGUUCCAGGAAAUCCGGCCCAACUCCACCGUGAAAUGGGAGGAGGUGUGUCGGCCUUGGGUUUCUGGCCCUCGGAAGCUGAUGGCCAGCUUGACCAGUGACCACUUGAGACACGUGUACGGCGAGCUGGACUUGCAGAUUCAGAGACGACCGUCUAUGUAG